CAAUUUUUCCAUCCUAAUUUUGAAUUUAUUUCCAUUUCAAUUUUCCGGGAAAACAGUUUUUUUCCUGGGAAAAGAAAGAAAAAUAAAAUCCGGGCCGAAUUUUCCAUCGGAUCAACCAGAAGCGUUUUUGAAUGGGGCAACAACAAUCGAAAGACGAACUGCUAUACAAUCAAGUGAAUUACGGUAACGUUGAAGGGAUUAAAUCUCUUUUCAAUGAAGGCGCCGGCCUUGAGUGGAUUGAUAAAGAAGGGAAAACGCCGUUGAUAUUGGCUUGCUUGAAUCCAUCACUUUUUGAUGUAGCCCAAAUUUUGAUCGAACUCGGUGCCAAUAUUAACGCUUAUCGUCCAGGUCGGCAUGGCGGGACUCCCUUGCACCAUGCAGCAAAGAGGGGCCUUCUAAAUACAGUCAAAUUACUUCUUUCCCAUGGAGCUAAUCCAUUGGCAAUGAAUGAUGAUUGUCAAACGCCUCUAGAUGUUGCUAGGGCGAAAGGUAACAUCAAUGUUGUGCGAGCUAUCGAGGAGCACAUAUGUUUGUUCUCUGGUUGGAUGCGAGAAUUUUAUGGGCCAGGAUUCAUCGAAAUCUUUGUUCCUCAAUUGGUUUCAAGAAAAGUUUGGGUGGUUGUUCUACCAACUGGUCCGCGUAAUCAUACAACGCCUCUGAAGUUGGGGCUGGCGAUAUACUCCAUUUUGCAGGAUGCCCAACCACGUACAGUUAUUCCAUUGUGGAAAGCUAAUUUGGAGGAACCAAAGCCGAACCAGCCUGAUCCUUCAGCAACAAUUGUUGAUAACUCAAGCAAAACACGAAUUAAACUUGCACCUGGCAAAGAAAAUGACAUGCUACAGCUUCAGUGGUUUUGUGAUGCAUGCAAAGGAAUUCCACAGGUAAGGAUUCCUGCAUUUCUGCAUAAUUCUCAUCCUCCGGCUGCUCCAGCAACUGCACCACCGGAUGCGGAGGAUUUAGAAUUAGCAAUGGCAAUCAAUGCUUCUAUCCAGUCAACUAUUGCAGAGACAACUGCUGUCGAUUUGCACUCUGGCAAUCAAGCUAGUGCAUCUGCUGGUUGGGAUAGCACCGCAAGUAGUAGCAAUCACAGCGGUUCAGUAGCACCAACGGCAUUUCCACCUUCAAAAGCAAGUAUAAGCAAAUGGGAUUUGAUCGAAGGUGGUUGUGGUAGCAAUUCAACCGAGGGCACCGAGAUCCAUAAUAAUGAAAUUUCCGCUGUCAAUACAACAAUGCAACCCUCAGAUUCAAUCCCAUCAGCUCCACCGGCACCUGCCAUGGAUGAGAUUGUAGAAGAUGGUUCAAUUCAAUAUCCGUCGAUUGAUUCCACUCCUAUCUAUUUGUCUUCCUCAAACAGCGAAAACUUGCAUCCUAGUGCUGGUCAAACAAAACAAGAUGAAGCUCCUUCAUGUCCAAUAUGUCUGGAUGCUCCAUCAGAAGCAGCCUGUGUUCCUUGUGGCCAUGUCGCCGGAUGUAUGCCUUGCCUGAAUGAAAUCAAAGCCAAGAAAUGGGGUUGCCCCGUUUGUCGUGCCGAGAUUCAGCAAGUUAUAAAGCUUUAUCGUGUUUGACUUCCACAUCUGAAUUAUUGUUAUCCGUAAAUGUUUGCAUUGAUUUCUGCAUAUUGAACAAGUUUGUUUCUUGUUUUGAGCUCAA